ACGUGAUCCAAUUAGUGCUCUCCGCGAAGCACUGCAAAUUUCAAAAUGGCCACGAAAAGUGAAGGAAAGGCUCAAGUCGAAGUAGUUCGAGGCCAAAUAUUUGAGGUUGGACCUCGAUAUAGCAACUUAUCAUACAUUGGCGAAGGAGCAUAUGGAAUGGUCGUAAUUGCGACAGAUGGAAAAACGGGGACAAAAGUUGCAAUCAAGAAAAUCUCACCAUUUGAACACCAGACGUACUGCCAGAGAACUCUAAGGGAAAUCAAAAUACUAACUAGGUUUAAACAUGAAAAUAUUAUUAACAUCCAAGAUAUCAUUCGUACGGAGAAGAUUGAAGAAAUGAAAGAUGUAUAUAUUGUUCAAUGUUUGAUGGAGACAGACAUGUACAAACUUCUAAAGACACAGAAAUUAAGUAAUGACCAUGUGUGCUACUUCCUCUAUCAAAUCCUAAGAGGACUCAAAUACAUCCACUCGGCAAAUGUACUGCAUCGAGACUUAAAGCCAAGCAACCUUCUACUGAACACAACUUGUGAUUUAAAGAUCUGUGAUUUUGGUUUGGCUCGUGUUGCUGACCCGGAGCAUGAUCACACUGGGUUCCUCACUGAGUAUGUCGCCACCAGGUGGUACAGAGCACCUGAGAUUAUGUUGAAUUCAAAGGGCUACAGCAAGUCUAUAGAUGUUUGGAGUGUAGGCUGUAUUCUAGCAGAGAUGCUCUCAAACAGACCUUUAUUCCCUGGAAAACAUUAUCUUGACCAGUUGAACCACAUCCUUGGGUCCUUGGGUUCACCCAGCGCAGAGGACCUCAAAUGCAUCAUUAAUGACAAGGCUAGGGGAUAUCUACAAUCAUUACCCUUCAAGCCAAAGGUACCAUGGAAAACCCACUACCCAAAUGCAGAUCCCAAAGCGCUGGAUCUUCUUGACAAAAUGUUGACCUUUGACCCUCACAAACGCAUCACAGUAGAACAAGCACUUGAGCAUCCAUAUUUGGAACAAUACUUUGAUCCACAGGAUGAGCCAGUUGCAGAACAACCAUUUACUUUCGAGACGGAGCUAGAUGAUCUUCCCAAAGAGAGGCUUAAGGAACUAAUCUAUGAGGAGACUGUUCGAAUUAAGCAAAUGCAAGCUGAUGGGCAGCUAUAGACUUGUUCACAUGUACCAAUUUAGAAUUCCUUUUACAAUCUCGCUUCUACAUGUACCUGGAAACAUUGGGGGUGGGGUGUACCAAUAAACCCUGAUACACCCCCUCAACAGUUGGCCAGAUCAGAUCCAAGAUUAAUGCCUACCGAUGGAACACCCCGUUGUGAUGUGGAGUGAGGAUUGUACCAGAACUAAAUGGAUUUCACAAGACCUGAUGACCCCCGAACAGAGGGGUUGAGAUCCAAGGAUAGCUGGUACUUCCUCUCUAAACCAGUGCAGCAGUGUCAGUCUCGUAGAUUUUAUAUAUACCUGUACAAAGGCAUGAUCAUGAAAUUAUAUAUAAACUUUAGAGAUACUAUUAUAUACAAAUAUAUAAAUAUAUAUAUAUAUUAUAUACAUAUACAUACAGUAUAUGCAUACUUAUGAGUUAGAAUGCCAUUCUGGUCAAGUUAUCUAGAGAGUAAAAGAGAUAAAAUAGCAAGGACGUUCUUAUAUGUGUGGACUGCAAAGGAAGUUCUAAUA